GUGAACAGCCCUUCACUUCUUCACAUCAUUCUGUUUCUCUCCUGAACGUUUGUUUCUUGCAGGAGAUACUUACAAUUUGAAUGCAGAGAAGACUGAAAAACUUCUGACAAUGGAUGCCAUGAUGAUGAAAAAUCUGGCAAUGCCUUAUUUGUACUGUCCUGAACAUUCCACCAACUGCAAUGACACAUCAUGUCUGAUACCUCUAGACAAUUUCAACCAGCUUUUGAAUAUUAUUUUAAGUACUGUGUUGACAAUCAUGUUGGCUUUAAUUAUGUUUUCCAUGGGUUGCAAUGUCGAAGUCAAUAGACUAUUGGCCCACCUCAAGAAACCGUGGGGUAUAUGUGUGGGCUUUCUUUGUCAGUUUGGUAUAAUGCCCCUCACAGCCUUUCUGCUGUCCUUGGCUUUUGACAUUCAUCCAGUUCAAGCAGUUGCAGUGCUAAUAAUGGGAUGCUGCCCUGGAGGAACAGGAUCAAACAUUAUGUCAUAUUGGAUGGAUGGGGACAUGGAUCUCAGUAUAAGUAUGACAACAUGUUCCACAAUUCUGGGAAUGGGAAUGAUGCCUCUUUGCCUCUUCAUUUACACUAAAACAUGGGUUGGUGCAAAUUCCAUCGAGAUCCCUUAUGACAGCAUAGGUAUAACCCUAGCAACUCUAGUUAUUCCUGUUGCUUUCGGAGUUUAUGUGAACUACAGAUGGCCAAAACAGGCAAAGUUGAUACUGAAGAUUGGGUCUAUCGCAGGAAUAUUUCUCAUCAUUGGUAUAGCUGUGGCUGGAGCCUUGCUCUAUAGAGGAUCCUGGGCGACAGACCCUUCCCUCUGGAUUAUAGGAACAAUCUAUCCAGCCAUUGGUUACGCAAUGGGAUUUAUUCUAGCUCGUAUUGCUGGCCAGCCUUGGUUUAGAUGCCGUACUGUAGCUUUGGAGACCGGUGCACAGAACACUCAGCUCUGCACGACCAUUGUCCAGCUCUCUUUCUCACCUGAGCAGCUUGUUCUCAUGUUCACCUUUCCACUUAUUUACAGUGUCUUUCAAAUAGCGUUUGCUGCAAUACUGAUUGGAACGUAUCAGGUUUACAAGAGACUCUGGAAGAAAACCGAAAAAGAUUCUACAGCCCAAGAAAACAAUGAAGAAAAACCCGUCUCACCCUAUAUUUCAACAAAUGGAGGUUUCGAUGCAGAUGAAAAGGUAAAGAGUGAUGUCACAAAAAAUGAGCUCAGUAUAGACCAAAAACUACCAGUUAAAAUUACUAACACGGGGCUCUAUCUAGAUGGAAAAUUGCCAUUUGAUGCCUUGGAUGCAAAUACCAACCUAUAAAGAUUCCACUUAAGCUUAAAUGUGCGCAAGUUUGUUAAAUAUCUAAUAAUGCUUGGAUUGUAAAAGCAUUAUUUGUAAUAUUCUUGUUGCUUAGGUCACUUGAAUUUGCACUGUGUUAAGAGAUUAUUUCUAAAGACUUUGAACAAAACCCUUUAUCUUUACAUGAUGUAUAUACUGUGUCCUUUAUAUAAUACCAUCCUUUCUAUUGUUACACAUGCAAUUUGUUUUGAGUAUUUUAAAGAUAAUUAGUAAUGCUUUCAGAAAUGUAAUGAUUGAAAUCCUUGUUCCCCUGUGUAUCAUUUUUAUUUGAUGUGACAAUCUCUGUCUUAAAUUACAUUGCUUCAGUUACUGCUUUGGCAAUACGAGGCAGGGUAUAUAUACACAGCAUCAGUGGUUUUGUACGUGUGUGAGAGACACAAUACAAACUUAGUGUUCUGAUUUCCAGGGUUCAAGUUGAUAUGGGGUUAAAAACCAGGGUAUUAGAAAGACAAAGCUACUCACUCUUCUGUACCACUACUGCUGGACAACUGGUGACAAUUCUUCCGCUUACUUCAAAGCUAAAAUAGUUUUGCAUAGUACCAAGGUGAACUUUCAGGCUUUGGAGUAUGCCAUCACUGUAUAGCAAGAGGCAUUAUCUAUUCUAUUUUUACGACUCAUCCUCGUAUGAUAUUAUUGCAAAUAUUGUAUGUGCAAUGCUGUAACUGAUAAAAUCAACUUAAAAUCAAAAGUGGUAAUUAUGCAUAAGUUUACUUUCCAAUACUUUCCACUUGUUGGUGCUGCCAAAAAAAAUGAAGUAAAUAGCAGUAUAAUUAGUCAAUAUCGAUUAAUUAAUUUAGAUUUGUGAAGAAGAUGACAAUGAUAAUUCUGGGAUGUAUUACUUAUGCAUUAGAGAAAAGCUCAGAUCUUAAGUCAUCGUUGGAAAAAAUGAGAGGAAAUAUGAUCCAUGAACUGAAAAUGUUAAGAGCCAAAUAAUAUAAGCAAGUUAAUUAAAACCGUGACAAUAAAAGUGUAACCAAUACAAAAUUACCAAACCAGAAGCUUUGAAAUGUUUCAUCCAUUUCAAUAUAUGAAAUAAACACUCAUAAAAUGCAAAUGUUUUAUUCUUGUCAUUUUUUGAUCAUUUCUCUCUUCAUUCUAUUCUCAAUUAUAACCUGUCAGAUGGCAAACUAGGGGUUGGCGAGGAUAUAACAAAUUAUAUACUAAUUUGUAUAGCGCAUUUCACGCAGGGAGGAUGUCUCAAGGCACUGUACUGUAAAGUUUAGUGACUGUGUUUUGUUUGUCAACCAACAUGGCAGCCAAUUUGUACGCAGACUGCCAUGAAGCAGUCUGCUUCCCAGACU